GUUCUGGGCAUCGCGCCACGGGCAUCGCACAAUCCCCAUCGAAAUGGGCUUCGCUGAGGAUGACGCGCAGAGUCGUGAGUUGCAGCAGUCAACAGCCUCAGAAGGAAGCUUCAUCAUGAACGACUUCGUGAUGAAGUAUCUGCUACCCUCCAAUGAAUCCAGCCAACGUAAGCUGGAGGACUGGCCCAGCGAGGCCAUUGAUGCGUGGUCCGUGUCUGAGGUGGCUUACAUGGCACAGCAUCAACUACUGAUGCAGAUCCCGGAGCUCCGGUCUGACAUUGCGAUACCACACUUCUGUUCCCUGGGCAAGCUUCAGACGGUCAAUGUGUGGAUCGGAACUGCUGGUACAGUCACCGCACUCCACUACGACCUCGACGACAAUUUCCUGGUUCAAGUAGCUGGCUUUAA